AUGUGGGUGGAGAUUGUCGACCACGUCUUUAUGAACCGGAAAAUCGAGCUGGCGUCGCCGGCGACGUGGCUGUUGGCCACGCCGAUGCAUAUGCCGCGGCCGGGAAACAGGGUAACUUUCAGGGUUAACAGGGGAAAGAGCUUGUGGCAUCUCCGGGACAAAAUCGUAAAAUCUAUCGGCGUCUCGGGGGUGGUUUCCUAUGAGGUCGUCGAAAUCUUCGACGGAGACGGCGACCGUGAGCGGGACGGAGUCGCCGGCGGAGUAGCGGAAAAAGGGCUUUUCUUGGUCCGUGUUUUUGGGGUAGAGGAGGUGGCCGGACAAGGGAAGGAAGUGUCCGAGGUUUUUGAGGUUGGGGACGAGGGUUUCGAGGAAAAUGGAUUCGGAGAUUGGGUGACGGUAGAAGAAAAGGCGGCGGAUGGGGUGUUGGAAGAAGAGCCAGAGGAUGUCGAGGAAGGAGAGGGGUACGGAUACGGUGGCGGGGCCGCCGGCCGGAGGCGGAACGAGGCAGCUUUCGAGGGAGGUGGUGGUGGUGGUAGUGGUCAUGGCGGCGGGGACUUUGAAAAUGGUGCGUGGCGUUAUAAUAAGGUGUCGUGUUCAAAGGUAGGAGAUGAUGUGGUCAAAAGUCUUAUAAUGGCAACGCGACUGCUUGCCCGUAUUACAUAG